GAACGAGCACGUUUAUUUGGACGUCAAUUUCGCCCCCACCUCUAUGGGCUCGUCGGGAGCACCGCCGGAGCCGGAGCCGCCGGCCGUGGCGGCGGCGCGGAAGCUGCACCACCUCCUCCGCUCCCGCGACCUUCGCCCGGCGCUCUCCUACCUCCGCACCCUCCCUUCCCCGCUCACCCUCCUCCCCAACCACGCCCUCAACGCCCUCCUCCGCGCGCUCGCCGCCGCCGGCCGCGUCCGCGCCGCCGCCUCACUCUUCCGCUCCAUCCCCUCCCCCACGCCGCACUCCUUCAACUCCCUCUUAGCCGCGCUCCUCCGGCGGGGCCGCCGCCGCGGGGCCUCCGCCCUGCUCGCGGCGUUCCUCCGCUCCCCCGACGCCUCCCCCGACGUCACCACCCUCAACACCCUCCUCCAUGGGCUUUCCACUGCCUCCCCGCGCCCGUCGGCUCCCACGCUCCUCAAGCUCUUCCGCUUCUUGCCAGAGACCUACGCCUUCGCCCCCGACGCCAUCACGUACAACUCUCUGCUAUCCGCUCUGUGCCGAGCGGGCGACCUGGCCACCGCGCGCAAGCUGUUCGACGGGAUGCGCGCGAGCGAAGGGGACGGCCAAAGUAGCGCCUUCCCUAAUGUUGUCACCUACACUACCAUGAUCAGGGCGUACUGUGCAAGGGGGCUUGCUGACGAGGCAUUGGCGCUCUUCAAGGUGAUGGCCGCAAAUGGUGUGCUGCCGAACAGGAUCACCUACAACACGAUGGUGCAGGGCUUCUGUGAGGCCGGAAGGAUGGAGCUAGUUAAGAAGGUGUUUGAGAUGGACUCGUUUAUGCCAGACACAUGCACAUUCAACACGCUAAUGGCUGCACAUUGCAGGGAGGGGCGGAUUGAGGAUGCAAUCAAGGUGUUUGAUCAAAUGACUGAGCUUCAUGUGAGACGUGACUCUGCAAGCUAUAGCAUGGUGAUCCGGGCAUUGUGUGAGAGCGAUGAGUUUGGUCGGGCUGAGAAGCUUGUGGAUGAGAUCUUGGAGAAGGAGGUGCUCAAGAAAAGAGGCGGUUCUGUACCGCUUAUCGCCGCGUACAACCCAGUGUUUAUGUACUUUUGUGAGAAUGGGAAAGCAAAAAAGGCCAGGGUGCUGUUCGGGCAGCUGCUGGAUAGGAGGAGCAAGGUUGAUUUCCAAGCAUUCAAGACGUUGAUCCUAGGACAUUGUAAGGAGGGAAAUUUUGCAGAAGGGUACGAGCUGGUGCUAUCAAUGUUAAAGAGGGAUCUUGUCCCUGACAACGAGUGUUAUAUUGCUGUAACAGAUGGCUUUAUGCAGAAGGGAAGGAUGAAAUCUGCUUGGGAAGCUCUUCACAGGAUGUUAAAUAGUGGCCUUCAGCCUAGCACAAGUACAUUCCACUCGGUUCUUUUGGGGCUUUUGAAGAAAGAUGGCUGUGCGAAAGAAGCUGCCGAUUUGAUUGAGAUAAUGCUAGAGAGGAAAAUCCGGCAGAACGUUGAUCUCUCUACUAAUAUGAUCGAUGUAUUGUUCAAAAGUGAUCUCAAUGACCGUGCAUACAAGAUUACUAAGCGUCUGUAUGAUAAUGGCUAUUACAUCAAGAUGGAAAAGGUAAUUGCAACACUUUGCGAGGACAAGAAGUUCAUAGAUGCAGCGGAGUUUACUUUGUUUAGCUUGCAGAAGCACCAUGAACUGGGUGUUGCAGUUCACAGUCUUGUUCUGGAUGGCCUCUGCAUGGACGGUAGAGCUGCAGAGGCAUUCCGCCUUUUCUAUGAGCUAAUUGAGAAUGGAAGCACUUCUGCUGUUGCUGCUCCCCGCAGCCUAGUCUUGCUUCAUCAUGCACUCAAGGAAGCUGGAAAGAUGAAAGAAGCUGAUUUUGUUGGUAAACAGAUGAGACGUGCCACUGCCAGAAUUAGGCAAAGGAGCUAAGAAUUUACUCCACAUUGUUCCAAAGAAAAACCUUGCAAACUCUUCGCAGCUUCAGUGCAGUGUGGUCUGGAAGAGAGAAAGGAUGCUGAAACUGGAUAUCAAGUUGGUUGCCUGAUCAGCUGACCAGCAAGGGAUUGAUGGUUAUUCGACAAGGGUUGUUUGAUGGUACAGGAUUGCAUUUGAAAUCAAAGGAUCGUCAAAUAGCUUGAUUUUCUUGGAGUUACCUCUAUCAUCAGAUAUUCAGAUGCAGAAGCACAUCUCAUGUUUGAUCCUCUAACAUACUUGAAACUUACGUCCGAGGGACGUCUAACGCACAUCGCUGGUCCUUUAGCAUCCGACGGCAAGUGCGAGGGCGCCGAUUGCCCCAGUCGGCAACACUGGACAAGCAAGGCCCAACAUUUGGCCUCAUCAUUCCGUGAGACUCUUGCAAAGUUCCGAAGCGCUCGCAGUCACAGCUCCCACUCCCAGCCAUCUGUCAGCCGCAUCCCAGCUCAGGUUCCCGGCGACAUGUGGAGGCUGCGGAGCUAGCGAGUCUGUUUCUCGAUUUCACUUGUGCAGAAACCUCUGUGCGGGCAGCAAGUAGGGGCACAAAAAGUCGUGCGAAAUUGGAGAUUGUUGCUGAUGUGAAUUUAGAGUGGAGUUCAAGAAUCGUGUGACUGAAUGUUAAAUUCAGGCUGUAACUGAUGUGAAUUGGGAUUGUAACUUGUGAUUGUGCACCACUGCUAGCUGUUAUCAAACUGCCAUUCUGAAUUCUGUUAUCAAGCUGACAACAUCAGUGAUAUGUUCUCAA